AUGUCACCUAAACGACGAAAUUCUAAAUACAUCUCAAGGCCAAGCCCGUAUAAAGGGAAGAAGGUUAAGACCAAAGAGUCAGCAUUAAGUUUGCAGGUAGAACCUGAUACUGCCAGCACUGCUGUGCUAACUACACCCUCACCAAGAUCACAGAACGAAUCAGCCACUUCUAGUACUGCCCCUAUAACCACAUCCUCAAUCAAGGAAACAAAAGAGCAUUCUCUUAGAAUUACGCGUUCCGGAAAAAUAAGAAAUUAUGUAGAACAGGGAUUAAACGCAUUUAAAAAUAAAAUUUCAGAUGAGACAUCAAGCAUUACUUUAAUUCUAUCUGGCAAAGGUUCGGCCAUCACGAAAACGGUUUCAAUAGUAGAGAUUAUAAAACGAAAAAUGAAUGGCACUUUGCAUCAAUAUAAUCAAAUUGGUAGAACUUUUGUGAGGAUUAAGGGUGAAAGCGGUGAGGAUGUCGAAGAUGAAGAAAUGGAAGAUUAUGAGGAGGAUAAAAACGAAACGUCGGGUGAAGGAGCUUCACGACCCACCAUCACAAUACAUCUCUCGACAAAACCUAUACUUCAUCUAGAAAGUUAUGCAGGAUAUCAACUAUCAACGAACAUUUCAUCAUAA